AGACUUCAUAAAUGCUUGACGUGGAAGAAGAAUCAAACUUAUUUUUUUUUAUCAAAUAAAAAAAAGCGAGAGAGAAUCAGACGACUCAGAUUCACUUUAUAUUUCUCCCCAAUUUCCAAUUUCUUCUUCAGUUCAAAAUCUCUCCCGACUCCAUAACUCACCCAGAUGAUGUUGAGGAAAAGGGGCCGUCCACCCAUGAGGAGGACAACGAGCAUGACAGGGAUCACCGUUGAUCUAGGGACUGCAAGUGAAUCAGAGCCGUCUGAUUGUAAGCCUAAAAAUAUGGCUGAUGAGAUUAAGGGUUCGCCGGAGAAAGAAGGAAUAAUCAUGGGUGUAUAUAAUUCUGUGUCGGCGAUGGUGUCGCCGAGAUACCAACGGAGAAUCUCCGGCGAAGGGUUUGAUAAAGAGAGGGCUAAUUUCUUGAGAAUUUGUGGCCUUUGUAACCGCCGGUUGGCUAAUGGACGAGACAUCUACAUGUACAGGGGUGAUACCGCAUUUUGUAGUAUGGAGUGUAGAGAACAACAAAUGAAGCAAGAUGAAAUAAAUGACAAGUCCAAUAAUAUUAAGCCAAUUAAGAAGGAAAACCAUCGCAAUCACUCUGAAUUUCCUUCCGCUAAUCCCGAAACUCCCAGCAAUAGCGACACCAUUGCAGCAGCUUGAAGAACGAAAAGAAAACGCUAUGGUAAUUAAGGCAUGAAGAUCGAGUUAAAAUUCAUGCACAGGGAUUGUGAGUUUUACUCUACAUUUGUGGGGGCGGAUUUAUGUAUGGUGUUGGUGGUAUCCGGACGCUCCUGUAAAAUUUUAUGUAUGUAUUGGUAUUUUACACAAACUAAAUCUACGUGCCAUCGCUUAUGUUUCCUUAA